AUGAGUUCUGCCAUUGCCUUGCGACAACAGCAACAGGAUCGUAAGUCUGGACAUGUGAACACCCUGACUAAUGAGCAAGCUGAACAGCUUCGUAUGUGUUGGGAAGCAGUAUUCACUCUGUUCGAAACUCAAAAUGCACCAAACGCAACUGAUAAUCCACCAAAUACUUCAACUAAAAAUGGAAAGAAGACUAAUGGUCAAGAUUCAGCCCAGGGCACAUCUGUAUAUAAUAAUCUAGCACGCAAGUUAAAACCAAAGCAAACUUCCGAUAAUGCAAAUAAUGGCGGUACUGACAAGUAUAAUGAAUCAGCCGAGUUUUUAUCAGCAAUGAAACUAUAUAGUCCUGAAGAAAUUCGUCAGGCCUUUUGGAGUUUAUCUGGAGCCGACGAUCCCGACGUGAUUGUUCUACGUUUCCUUCGUGCAAGGAAGUGGGAUAUUGAAAAAGCGAUCGCAAUGUUGCUAUCUACAUUAAAAUGGAUGUUGCAAACAGGGGUUCAAGAGAUUACUAAGGAUGGGGAGGAGGGAUUGUUCAAAUAUUUUGAUGAAAAGGGUGAAAAGGAAGGGAUUAUGAUUCAAUUCACAAGUGGUAAAAGUUUUAUCAGGGGGACCGAUAAAGAAGGAAGACCAGUAUGUUAUAUAAACGUUCGCUUUCACAAGAAGGAAGAACAAUCCUUUGAGGUUCUUCAGAAAUUCACUAUUUAUAUCAUGGAGACCACACGCUUGAUGAUUAAAUCGCCUGUAGAAACUGGGUGUCUCGUGUUUAACAUGGAAGGGUUUAGUCUUUCUAACAUGGAUUUCCCUUAUGUCAAGUAUAUCAUUCAAUGCUUUGAAGCAUACUACCCAGAGAGUCUUGGAGUCUUAAUAAUUCAUAAGGCUCCAUGGGUAUUUGGGGGUUUAUGGAAGUUAAUAUCUCCCCUGUUAGAUCCCGUUGUGGCAUCAAAAGUUCGCUUUACUCAAAAUGAUAAAGAACUGCUGGAUUUAAUUCCCGCAGAAAAUUUAAUAUCAGAUUUGGGUGGAGAAGAUCAGUGGAAAUAUUGUUAUGUUCCUCCGGAAGAAAAUGAGAAUUAUCGUAUGAAAGAUGAGGUUACUAAGAAACAGAAAAUUGAAUACAGGCUUUCUUUGGAGCCUCAGUUUGAAAGUUUAACCAAACAAUGGAUCAAAGAUCCGAAUAACACAAAGAUAACGAACGAAAGAGAUCAACUGAAGGAACAGCUUAGGAAGGCUCAGUUGGAGGUAAAUCCUUAUGUUAGAGCUAGAACAUUUUAUCACCGUAUCGGAGUGCUUAAAGAAGAUGGAACUUGCGAAUGGGGAAACCAGAAGUAA